AUGGAUUUCCAGAAUCGAGUUGGCAGCAAGAUCCGUGGUGGUGGUGUGGCAGGAUGGUCUGAAUCCAACGUUGAUCGACGUGAACGACUACGCAAAUUGGCCUUGGAGACGAUUGACAUUUCCAAAGAUCCUUACUUCAUGAAGAACCACCUUGGCUCGUACGAAUGUAAACUCUGUUUGACGCUGCAUACGACCGAAGGCUCCUAUCUUGCGCAUACUCAGGGUAAAAAGCAUCAGACCAACCUUGCUCGUCGUGCUGCAAGAGAAGCAAAAGAAUCAGCCGCUGUACAGCCAGCAGUGGGCCCAGCAAAGCCUACCGUGCAACGACGUACUGUCAUCAAGAUUGGCCGUCCUGGUUAUCGCAUCACCAAGGUGCGUGAUCCUGUCACUCGUCAACAAGGUCUUCUCUUCCAAAUCCAAUACCCACAGAUUGCAAACGAUGUGAUCCCACGCCAUCGAUUCAUGUCUGCCUAUGAACAAAAGGUGGAACCUCCCAACAAGGAUUAUCAAUAUCUAUUGGUGGCAGCAGAACCAUACGAGACAGUCGCCUUUAAGAUCCAAAGUAGAGAAAUCGAUCGUGCACCUGGCAAGUUUUGGACACAUUGGGAUCAAGAUUCUAGGCAGUUUUCCUUGCAAUUCCUCUAUUCAUCCGCUUAA